UUGUGGACCCCGAAAACAAUUGCCAGUCAGUCGUGAGUAGUACGAGUAUAACUCGGAAUUGCCCUUGUCUCUGUGGAGAGAAGACACGAUCUAAGAGCACGAGGAGGGCCUUGAGCUCAAGAGAAGAAAAAGACCAAGACCAACGAGACGAGUGAUGUACUUGAAAUGUGAAUGGGCCGCCAUCAUAAUCGUUGGGGAGAAGUGUUUUGUUCCUUCGCUCGCUUGAGGCUCAUUCUAUUUGUCAUGUCAGCAGGUGGAUGGAACCGUAGAAGAGGUUUCUUGUAGCGAGGACAGUCAGUUUGGUCACUCGUUUGUGUUUCACCCUAAAAAUUCGGGUUGGUUGGGGGCUCAAGUGCGUUUGAGUGUGUCACCAUUUUCUUUUUUUCUUGUCGAGUUUCGUGUGCACACAGACAACCAAAACUAGAUUGAUCCACACCCAUGAGGCCCAGACGUUAGAUGAGGCCUCCCAACUCGGGUACCAUGACGUCUAGGCUAGUGACUGUAUGCAUUCUUGUUAUUUCGUGGGCUUCCAGCAUUGGGUUGGCCAAAGAGUCCGGAGAUGCCCCACAUCUGACUCAGAUCCGUCAUCAAGGCACCAAGGCUUUUGAGGCCAUGUCCCAAAGGCGGGCCAAGAUCCGACCCCAAUUCGUGGAUGUGAAUGCCACCACAGUUAUUGGACAACUCAAAGGGACCAUCAUUCUGGAUUGCAACAUCUUCAUGCUUCAAGACCACACGGUCUCAUGGGCCCAUAAACCGGUGGACAAAGAUGGACUUGACCUGCUCACCAUUGGGAAUUCCACGUAUACAUUGGAACCAAGGAUUGCGGCAGAGUUCCUGCAUCCCACUAAUUGGGGUCUUAGGAUCUCGAAUAUUCAGCCUGAAGAUGCUGGUACCUACAUUUGUCAAAUCUCUACCUUCCCACCCAAAGUGCGGAUCCUCUUCCUGGAAAUUCAAGGUCCCAUGAUCGAGAUUGUUCGUGAUCAGGUUGUCUACAAUGCCGGAAGUCAUUUGGAAGUGGCUUGCGUCUACAAGAACACGACGGGAUCCAAGGCAUCCAAGGAAUCGGCCGAAGUCCGCAAGGUCGAUGAGGUCCAACGCAUCCUUGAGGUCUCUCGUCAGGGCGGCCGAUUCAACCAAGACGUUCCGGAGGACACCAUCUUAUGGCUGCAUAAUGGAAAUCGAUUCAGCCACAGGAACCGACGGAGAGUGAAGACGAUCCGCAAGACGGAUCACAUUCUUAGUGUACUUUCCAUCAAGAGCGCCAUCUUGGAGGAUUCGGGGAACUACUCUUGUGUUCUAGCCAGUACCAACCACUCAGAUACUGUUCGACUGACAGUUGUUAAUGGCGAGCACUCUGCUGCGAUUUAUAAAAUUAGUGAGGUCCUGGCCACUAGUGGAAGCUCCGGAUCGUCCUUGCUCAAAACCAAUAAAUAUUAUCAAGAAUAUGCUCUCUUCCUACCCGUCGUUGUGGUCAUGCUGUGUCGGACUUUUUAUUCGGCCAGUGGGCUUGAACCGGAGUUUGGCGGCCAUCCAAGCCUGACCGGAUUUUCAUAGCUUUGUCUAGCGAUUGAAUCCUUCAGGUGUGGAGACACUGUCCCUAUUUCUUCUACGGGAAAAUCGAAAUGACUGAACGAACUGGACAUCAAGUUUUAAGUCUAAAUUGCGAAGAUUCUGUUAGAAAUCGGAAUCCGGUUACAAGAGUAGGGUCAGAAUAUGAAGUGAAUG